UUAUUAUUUCCUUUUAACCUCUGUUUCUUUCUUUCUCUCUCUUCGUUUCAACGGGCGAGGAUUUUUCGAAACCAAAAAGCUCCCUUUCAUGUUUCAGAGAAGAGGCUUCUGAAAUCUGUUCGCCUAAUCGAUGAGCUCGAAUUCGAUUCCCGCCACUUCUUCACAAGCAUGGGAAGAGAUGGAGGAGGUAAAAUUAGAAGAGUGUUGCCUUGAGAAUAAGCAAUCAACGGCUGCUUCCAGCUCGUCUGUGUCCGAAGGCAGUGGCAGUGCUAUUCUCAAGUCCCCAGGGGUUUGCAGCCCAGCAUCAACUUCUCCGACUCACCGGAGGACUAGUGGUCCUAUUAGGCGAGCCAAAGGCGGUUGGACUCCACAGGAGGAUGAGACAUUAAGGAAUGCGGUUGCAGCUUUUAAGGGGAAGAGUUGGAAGAAAAUAGCUGAAUUUUUUCCUGAUAGAUCGGAAGUGCAAUGUCUGCAUCGGUGGCAGAAGGUUCUUAAUCCAGAUCUUGUUAAAGGGCCGUGGACUCAAGAGGAGGAUGAUAAAAUCAUUGAACUGGUAGCCAAGUAUGGACCUACAAAAUGGUCGUUAAUAGCGAAGUCUUUGCCUGGCCGUAUAGGGAAACAAUGCCGGGAGAGGUGGCACAAUCAUUUGAAUCCAGACAUAAAGAAGGAUGCUUGGACGUUGGAGGAGGAAUUAGCACUUAUGAAUGCCCAUCGGAUACAUGGGAACAAAUGGGCUGAAAUAGCUAAGGUUUUACCUGGAAGGACUGAUAAUGCAAUAAAGAAUCAUUGGAAUAGUUCCUUGAAGAAAAAAUUAGAUUUCUAUUUGGCUACUGGGAAACUUCCACCAGCUGCAAAGAAUGGUUCCCAAAAUGGUGCCAAAGAGACAAGUAAAUCCACUGCAACUAAAAGAUUACUUGUUUGUUCAACUAAAGGAUCAGAUUCAACUGCUCAGACAUCAUCUGGAAAUGCAGACGUAUGUAAGCUAGAUGAAGAUGGCAAGGAUCAGUUCGAGUCCUCUGCCCCACAUCAGGAUUUGGGUGCUUCAUCAAGUGUUCUUCCAAAUGAUCCUGCUGAUUCUGAAGGUGUAGAAUGUCAGCUGAGAUCAUCCUUUAGAGAUCUUAGUUGCUGCAACUCAGAGUCAGGGUCAAAGUUUGAGAAUUUUGCAGUAAACAGCAAGCCCCAGAUUGAGAGUAUCAUUAACAGCCAGGCAGAGUCUGAGAAUUGUGGAUUUAACAACCUAAUAGAUGAAGACAGAGUUAAGAGAACACCUGUACCAGUUGAAACUCCAGGCUACAGCUCUUUGUACUAUGAACCACCGUUAGAAAGUUGUGGUCCAUUUGAUUCAGGUUUUUCCAGCAUGCGUUGCUUUCAACAUGAUUACGCUUCUAGUCCAAAUGUAUCACCUAUAAGUUUCUACACUCCGCCUUGUGUGAAGGGCAGUGGUUUAUGCAAUCGAAGUCCUGAAUCAAUUUUGAAAAUGGCUGCCAAGACCUUCCCCAAUACUCCUUCCAUCUUGCGAAAGAGAAAGAAUACUUCCCAAGGACAUUUGCCUCCUAAUAAAAUUGGGUUGGUGGAUUGUGAAUCAGUCAGGGAAGUGCUUAAUGUUUCUGAUGAACAGGAAAGACACAAAAACAGUGCGGAAAUGUCUGGGUCUCAAGAAGAAAGUUUGUGUGAGAGUCCAACCAGUCAAGGUAUCAGCACCAUUGGGCCUAAUGGUAAGGCUUUUAAUGCAUCUCCUCCAUACCGGUUAAGAGCCAGGAGGACUGCUGUUUUCAAGUCUGUGGAGAAACAACUUGAGUUUACAUGUGACAAAGAGUAUGAUGGUAAUUCUAAAUCUGUGGAGUUGUCUGCAAAUGGAGGCUCUGGUGUAAUCAAAGAUUGUUCUCAUGCAACAAAGAUGGAAGUGACCUAGGGCAUGCACUGUACAAAGGAGGGUGAUUCUAUUGAAGUUGGCUGACACUUUUGAAUUGGUGAUAUUUCCAAGUCUACAGAGCUCUUUUGAAAAGCGAUUUAUCGAUUUAUCAGACCACUCUCUGGUCUUGCAUCUUGGAUGCCUUACAAUUCAUUAACUUGCAAAUACACCACCUGAUCGUUACAUUGGAGGGGUUUUUAGCACAGCAACUUGACAAAAUACAGUGGCAGUGGGCUUCUGUUUUGUGUAGAAUAAAAAUGAUAGGCCCCAAUACUUGUGAAAAUAUAUUGAUUGUACAGAAAACCCAUCAGCAAAGGAGCGAUGAUGCUUUAUGCUUGAAAAUUCCCUUAAUGAAAGCGUAGCUCCAGUCAUCUGUUUGGUUCUUUACCAAUUUUAACUCUACUACCUUCACACACACGUACUCUUUAGAAAUCUUAGUAUUGUCUCCCAUUUUCCUCGGGCAGUGGAUGUGAGAAUUUUCAUUAUCUUGA